AUGAACUUAGCAAGACAGUGGUGUGGGGGUCACACUUCACCUAUUCUCUGUAUAGAUGCUGCUCCUGGUCCAGAGGGACUUGUUGCCUCAGGAUCAGAGGGUGGACAGAUAACAGUCUGGAACCAGGACGGCAGCAAAGUUGGAAGUCUGCAGCUAUGCAGUAAAGAGGACUGUACUAGUCUGGUCUUCUCCCCCUCUGCUUCAGCACAGCUGUAUGUGUCCCAUGGAGAGACUGUGAGUGUGGUGGACUACAGAAAUCUGGGGAGCACUGUGGAGGAGUUUGAAGAUGUAGGGAAUGAGGAGAUCAAUGCUCUUGCACUGAACGAGACCUGCUCAGCUGUCGCUGUGGCUGAUGAUUCUGGAGCGGUCCGUAUUCUGGAUUUACCGGGAGGGAAAGUGUGCCGAACCUUACGCAGACAUACCAACAUUUGCUCCUCUGUGGCUUUCCGUCCACAAAGACCCAACAACCUUGUGUCUGUAGGGCUAGACAUGCAGGUCAUACUUUGGGGUUUACAAAAGACCCGGCCAAUGUGGAUACUCAACCUUCAGGACAUGUUGGAAGAGGAGGGACACCAACAGCAGCCUGGUCAGCUCUUCAAUCCCCCGCUGGCUCAUUGUGUUACGGUGUCCAGCUGCGGAAAUAUUGUAAGCUGUGCUGCUGAAGAUGGACAACUUCAUCUGAUGCGAAUUGGUGGUGGAUCCAAACUUGAGCAACAAGGAGCCGUCAAAGCCCACAGUCAGGGAGCCUCUCAGGCCCAUUUUGUGAACUUUUUGUCUCACCCAUACUGGCUAAUUAGUGGGGGUAAUGAUGGACAUGUGGCCUUGUGGGAUCUCAGUAAACACCCUGUGGUGGAGGGGAAAUCGAAACCCCAAUCACAAGAAAAUGACGAGAAACGCAAAAAGCGCAAAAUCAAAGCUAAGCCCAAAAAACAAGACACAGCGUCAGUACAGGUUGAAGCAGAAAACAUCAGCAAAGAUGAUCAAGCUACAGCUCAGACAGAAAAAAUUGACUCUGAGCUCAAACUUAGAAUCGACCAUGGAGACAAGGUGAACUGGCUUUGUCCAGCUGUUCUGAAGGGGGAGCCAAGUGUGAUAGUUUCUGAUCAAAGCUCUACUCUUGCUGUAUACUCACUAAGUACAUAA